GGCGUUCUUUCAGAGCACAAUGGCAUCAGAUCUUUCGGAACUGUAUGAUGCGUUCGGGAAUUACAUUGGGCCUCCCGUUGACGAGAACGAGGACGAUGACGAGGAAGAUAUCAUUCUCUCGCCGCAGGCGCAUAUGGAGGAUGAGGAUGGGAUGGAUGCAGAGGGAGGUGCUGGAGCGAGGGAUGGGGAUACGCUGGAGAUGCAGAUGGAGGACGUCGAGGGGGAUCGGUCGGUGGUGCUCUUCGAAGACAAGAAGUUCUACCCCGACGCAGACGAGGUGUACGGCGGAGCGGAGACCCUUGUGCAGGAGGAAGACACCCAGCCACUCACUGAGCCCAUCAUUGCCCCCGUCCGCACCAAGAACUUCGACCUACUAGAGAAGGAUCUUCCGUCGACCACGUUCUCGUUUGACUUCCUGAGCGGCCUCAUGUACAAGCGCGAGCUGAUUCGGAACAUUUGCCUGCUGGGCCAUCUGCACCACGGCAAGACACACUUCAUGGACAUGCUUGUGCAAGAAACCCACGAGAAGGACUGGAGGUUGGGCAAGUCGUACCGCUACACCGACACGAGGGUGGACGAGCAGGAGAGGGGACUGUCCAUCAAGGCCGUCCCGAUGUCACUCAUACUCCAGACCUCACAGGAAAAGUCCUACCUCGUCAACAUUCUCGACACGCCUGGUGCGCACAACGAGGGGGACCAUACUCACACACGACCGGAUAGACGGGCCUCCUUUCCCUUGCUGGGAUAUACUUUUGUUUAGGCCAUGUUUGUUUCGCCGACGAGGCCGCGGCGGCCAUGCGUAUCAGCGACGGGGCUGUGAUUCUGAUCGAUGCGCUUGAGGGCGUGAUGGCAAAUACGGAGCGGCUGCUGAAGUUUGCGGUCCAGGAGAACCUCACCAUCCUGGUUGUCAUCAACUGUAUCGAUAGGCUCAUCAUGGAACUCAGACUGCCGCCCAACGAUGCGUACCACAAACUCAGACACACCAUCGAAGAGGUCAGCCAGGAAACAAUACUCCAUAGUACUUCAUCCAUUGUGAUCCUUUGAGUGUCGGGUGUGCAGGUCAAUAGCAUUCUCGAGUCUACAUGUUCGAUGUUGGGUCAUCCCGCCAUCCGUGUGUCGCCCAUCAAGGGCACCGUAGCCUUUGCGUCGGGCUACUACCAGUUCGCUUUCACUGUCCACUCAUUCGCGCAGAUGUACGCCGAGUCAUGCGAUGAGACGCUCGACCAUGACUUCUUCGCGAGGUGAGCUCACCGGGGGAGAAAAGAAAGGGUGCGGUGACAUGUGGGAAUGCCAUGCGUACCCAUCUACCUAGAUGUCUGUGGGGCGAUGUAUAUUUCGAUCCUGAGUCGCGUACCUUCCGUCGCAGUCCCCCGCCCAGCCGGCCCGGGCAGCCCCGCACCUUCGUGCAGUUCAUCCUGGAGCCCCUCUACAAGAUCUUCGCGCACACAUCAUCCGAAGAACAGCCUGAGCUGGAACCGCUGCUCAGAGAGGUGACAGAGGGAGAGGCACAGGGAAUGAGGGGCUCACUGGAUUGACUUGGUUGUGUGUGAUCUAACCUCUCCAGUUGGGUGUGUUCCUUCGCAAGGAUGACUUCAUUCUUGAUACGCGGUCCCUCGUCAAGAAGGUCUCCCGAUCAUUCUUCGGGACAUCGAGGUGAGGGCAGCAGAGACGCACAAAUUGCAUCCACGCGGACCGACCUGGAUGCAUCGUGUGUGACGAUAGUGCGUUUGUGGAUAUGGUCGUGGCUCACGUGCCCAACCCCCGGGAGAAUGCCAGACGGAAGGUCGAGCACAUAUACACGGGAGACCAAAAAGGACUUAUCGCCGCUGAAAUGAAGGCAGGAGAACGCGAGACGCCAUCUGAAACACGGUGUUAUACAUGCACGCAUCUGUCCCAUUGCAGGAUUGCGCGACUGAUGGUCAUUUGAUGAUUCACACGACCAAGAACUACCACCGGCCUGACUGCGGCCAGUUUGACGUGCUGGGGCGGGUCAUGUCCGGCACAAUCUACAAGGGACAACGAGUCAAGGUACGGACGAAGCCGCGCGGUUACGCAAAGCGAACACACACUCAUCAAGAGGAAGCCGUCCGAUAUUGCACUGCAUCACCCAAUGCAGGUGUUGGGUGAGGCGUUCAGUUUGGACGACGAUGAGGACAAGACUGAGCGGGAGGUCACAGCUCUCUGGAUAUACGAAGGGAGAUACAGAGUAGAGGUAACAAGACGUUCCGGUUGGCGCCAUGUGUCUGACUGGAGCAAUCCCUUUCCGUCUCUGGGGUUGUGUCAGGUGAGCCACGUGCCUGCGGGCAACUGGGUUCUGAUCGGCGGUGUCGACCCAUCCAUCACCAAGACAUCGACCAUAACCAACAUCGACAACGACCAAGAAACAGAAAUAUUCGCGCCCCUCAAGUUCAACACCAGCAGGUAUCGUAUCACCCAGGACAUUCGUUGCGUGGAAGGCAUCUGUGGUGCUGUCGCCCUUUGCCGUCCGUCUGUUGGCCAGUGUUAUCAAGGUGGCGUGUGAGCCACUGAAUCCCUCCGACUUGCCCAAGAUGCUCGAGGGGCUGCGGAAGAUCGACAAGUCAUACCCACUGGCCAAAACCAAGGUGACUCGCACUCCGGCAACACACACAACCCAAGUAAUGCGCCAUUCAGGUAGAGGAGUCGGGCGAGCAUGUGAUCGUUGGCACGGGCGAGAUAGCAAUGGACUGCAUGCUGCACGACCUCAGGAAACUAUACGGAGACCUGGAAAUAAAGGUACACCUGAAAGAAGACGGUGUAUCAUUUGGCGAACCUGCUUAUGUCUUCCAGGUUGCCGAUCCGGUUGUAACGUUCUGCGAAACAGUCACGGAGCAUUCGACAAUGAAGUGCUUUGCGGAGACACCAAACAAGAAGAACAAGGUCUACAUGGCAGCUGAACAGCUAGACCCAGGUACAUCCAGAGCUAUCAAGGCAAUUAAACACGCAUGCAUCCUCUCUCUCUGCACUGUCUCUGUGUAUGCCCUAGGUGUGGCUGAUGAUUUGGAGAAGGGUCUCAUUAGCAGCAAAUGGGAACACAGGUUAGCCUACAAAACCGCAAGCUGGCAAGCAGACAUACAUGGACGUGUUGUGCUUACACUGGUGUCAGCCAACUCGGCGAUUUCUUUAUGCACAAGUAUUCAUGGGACGUGUUGUCCGCCCGCUCCAUUUGGGCAUUUGGACCCGACGCACAGGGACCAAACAUGCUGCUCGACGAAACUCUGCCCACAGAUGUGCAGCAGCAACUAGGAACAGCAGACCUUGGGGCUCCGCAACCUGUCUGCUGUUUGCAGGUUGACAAGGCUCUGUUGGGUACAGUGAGAGAUUUGAUCGUCCAGGGCUUUCAGUGGGCAACACGAGAGGGGCCGCUCAUUGAAGAGAAUAUACGGUGCACAAAACCAAGAAAGGAGAAGGCAGGGAAAGUCAGCGGACGUAGCUGUGUGUUCUGUCUAUUCAGCAACGUGAAGUUUAAGUUAAACGAUGCGCUGAUUGCCAGCGACCCCAUCAGCAGGGGAGGGGGACAAAUCAUACCCACAGCAAGGUACAGGCAGCAGAGACCAAAUCUGCAUGGCUCAUCCAUCCGUGCACAUACGUGUGUGUGUGUGUGUGUGUGUGCAGGCGUGUGGCCUAUUCGGCUUUUCUGCUGGCUACUCCCCGCCUGAUGGAGCCCGUCCUAUACAGCGAGAUUCAGUGUCCCGCAGACUGCGUGUCAGCUGUGUACACAGUCCUAGCCAGGUCAACCGAUUUGAGGCAGCAUACACGUAGGGGACAUUUGAGUCUGGACUAUUCUCGUUCAGGCGUCGCGGUCGUGUGGUUCGUGACCUUCCCAAGCCAGGGACGCCCCUGUACAUCUGUCAGGCGGUGCUACCGGCCAUCGAAUCAUUCGGAUUCGAAACAGACCUCAGGUGAAACAUACAAGCACCGGGGAGAUCGGCACGUGGUGACCGCUCUGUUUGUCUGUUGUGUAUCAGGACCCACACAUCUGGCCAGGCAUUUUGCAUGUCGAUGUUCGACAGGUGGGAAGUCGUCCCUGGCGACCCACUCGACAAGGUGACACCUGCCUGCUAAACCCGAACCAUCCUGUGUAAGGCGGGCACGCCCUUGUGUGUGUGCGUGAGCAAUUCAGUCGAUCGUCUUGCGUCCGUUGGAGCCUGCGCCGCACCAGCACCUCGCCAGAGAAUUCCUGCUGAAGACAAGGAGAAGAAAGGUGACCUGACCAACCGCCCAUGUGUGCGUUGCUCGUGUUGGCACCUAGAUGGUGUUCCUCAGGGUUUGAGUGAAGACGUGGCUUUGCAGAAGUACUUCGACGAGCCGAUGCUCAAGGAGCUCAGAGGGCGAGAGGAAGGUACAAACCACGCAUUGUGCGCGUAUGUAUGUGCCUCACGUGUUUCCGUGUGUGUCAGAUUUCCAGGACUUCCAGGCCUACUUUUAAACCUGGCGGCCAAAGUUCUGUUUUCGAUGCACAUCAUAUUCUCCAACAAACCUCUCCAGUCACACUAUAUAGCGUCAGGCAUCAGACAUCUUGCAUUGCAUUAAGCUGACUUAGUCGACGAUUCCGGCGAGAUGAAUGUUGAGUAGUUUGAUGAAUGGCUGAUCAGCUGGAACUUUCAAAUUCAC